CUCUCUCCAGUCUCUUCCUGUACACGUCGCUCUACGACCAAUGUGACGUAUGCGUUAGCCGGGCAGCCACAGGAAUAUAGCACUCAAUUGAACCAUGGAGACUCUCUUUAGCCUACCGUUUACUGUACUGGAAUGUCCGAACAUCAAACUUAAAAAACCGUCAUGGCUACAUAUGCCUUCUGCAAUGACCGUAUAUGCCGUCGUGAUUGUUUCAUAUUUUCUCAUUACCGGUGGCAUCAUAUAUGAUGUGAUCGUUGAACCUCCAAGUGUCGGAUCAAUGACAGAUGAACACGGGCAUCAGAGGCCAGUGGCCUUUCUGGCGUACAGGGUGAAUGGGCAGUACAUCAUGGAGGGGUUGGCCUCCAGUUUUCUCUUCACCAUGGGAGGUCUUGGAUUCAUAAUUCUGGAUCGCUCUAAUGCACCAAACAUUCCCAAGCUCAACCGUUUCCUCCUGCUCUUCAUCGGCUUUGUCAGUGUGCUGCUGAGCUUUUUUAUGGCCAGAGUCUUCAUGAGAAUGAAACUACCUGGUUAUCUUAUGGGUUAAAGCUGCAACAUUGCACAUGCUACAGGCAGAGAUACAGAGAACAUACAGAAAACUAUGUUUCAGUGCCAAGGACUACAGUCUCAUUCCAAUUCUGACCAGUUAUUUCCACUGGCGUGACUCUUUGAUGUGCAGUUUUUUUUCUAUAAUAAACAAAUACUAU